AUGACGCUAUCCAACACGUUGAAGAACACCACUUUUCAAGACACAGCCGAUACAUGCGGCUCAAAUCAAACUCCCUCGUUCCCCCUCCAUCUCGACGGGGGCUUUCUGACGGGCCAAGUCGAUAUUUUGGAUGCUGGUGCGCGCAAGCCAGGGUCCCCCGACAACAUGGACGGGACAGAACCUUGCAGCUCGCUCAAGAAGCAAAUUGCCCUCAUCCAAGCAGCUACAAAGAGCUUGGAGGAUAGGGAGAUCAGCGGCACGCCCGUGUUCACGGAGCUCGUCAGGCAGCACGGCAACAGCACGUCCUCGUCGGGCGAGGAAGUCUUCACCCAGUACGGACUUUUGGGAGGCGACGUUGCCAAGCUUCGUGGAGCCGAGGACCGCGAGGCCGUUCCGGAUGCUCAAGGCGAUCCGAGAGUCUUUUACAACAUCAGAGCCCCGUCGAGCGUCUUCAUCUGCGGCAGCCAGGGCUCGGGGAAAAGCCAUACCCUGAGCUGCCUGCUUGAGAAUUGCCUCAUCCCCACGGAGGCCAACACGUUGCCGCGGCCUCUGACAGGGAUAGUAUUCCACUACGACCCCUUCUUUUCCGACAACAGAGGCCAGCGCUGCGAAGCCGCCUCCAUCUCUUCGCACGCGGGGGUCAAAGUCCGCGUCCUGUGCCCGCCAACAAAUGUGCAACAGAUCAAAAGGCUGUACGAGACGCUCCCAAACGUCGAGGUGCAGGAGCUCCGAAUCAGCCAGCGAGAUCUGAACACCAAACGAAUGUUGGAUCUCAUGGCCGUCAGCUCUAUCCAGGAGGGGACGAUGCCUCUGUAUCUGCACAUUGUGACUCGCAUCCUGCGAGACCUCAGGAUCGAGCAACAGAAGAAUGGCGGCUUCUUCAACUACAGAGCCUUUCGGAGGGCCAUUGCGGCAGAGGGACUCACGCCAGGGCAGUCGGCGCCCCUCAAACAACGGCUCGACACGCUCGAGAGCUUCAUGGCACGGGAAGAUGUCGCGGAAAGCAAGAUACCCUGCCGCGGUUCUUGCGACCCGUGGGGGGACAAGUCUCACCUGUGCCUCGAUGAACUCGAAAAUACAGCCAGCGCCUGGGAACCAAAAGCUGGGCAGCUGACGAUUGUCGACCUGUCAUGUCCCUGUGUCACGGCCGAGUCUGCCUGCUCCUUGUUCAAUAUUUGUCUCAGCUUGUUCCUGGAGCAACACUCGUCCGACAUGGGACGAGUCAUUGCACUCGACGAGGCGCACAAGUACAUGACGGAAAGCGCGGAGAGCCAGAGUCUGACCGAGUCUCUUGUGUCGACUAUUCGCCUCCAGAGACACCUGGGCGCUCGUAUAGUCAUUGCGACUCAGGAGCCAACCAUCUCGCCGACGCUUCUGGACCUUUGCACGGUCACCAUUGUGCACCGCUUCACCUCUCCGAGUUGGCUGGAGAGUCUGAGGAAGCACUUGGCCGGGGCAAGUUUGAGUGAGAAGAAGACCAAAGCAGGAGAGGAUGAGUCUGGCGGCAGUAGUGCUGCAAGCCUGGCUGGACUCCUCGGCCGCAUCAUCUCACUUCGUCAAGGGGAAGCUCUCAUGUUCUGCCCGAGCGCCAUCGUUGGUGUCAGGAAAGCAAAACAGGAUGACACGAUCAACGGACUUGCCGACGACCUUGCAACAUGGAGUCUUGGCCAGGAUCCUCCGGUUUCGCAUGUCGACCCUGGGAGCGGCCUGAUCCAUUUGGGCCAAGGGGUGAUGAAGAUUCGCGUCAGAGAACGGAUCACAGAAGACGGAGGGAGGAGCAUCAUGGCAGCUUAG